AUGGUCAUUGUACUGCCAGGGGAUGUAAUUCCAGACGCUGCGCAGAGCGUAAAAGACAUAAAACAGGGACCAAGUGUUUUGCUGAGUCCAGGCACGACACCAGACCAAACGGAGAAUGUCUCGCUCGUCGCAAUCCGGCCGGGGGCGCUCGGCCAUGUAGUGAAUACCCACAAGGACCGCAAACGUAAAUCGAACGAAACAGCGAGCACACAGGGAUGGUGGGUUGAAUGCGAUGCGCACCGAUACGUUUCCUCGACAGACGAUCUUGUAAUUGGACAGGUCACAGCGCGCGGUGCGGAAAGCUACACGGUGUCACUUUUCUCCGCACACGCCGCGACGCUCCCCGUUCUCGCUUUCGAGGGCGCGACGCGCCGCAACCGACCGAAUUUGGAGAUUGGUGCACUUGUAUACGCCCGCAUUGUGCAUGCCGAGCCAUGGACCGAGCCAGAGCUAAGCUGUGUGGACGCAGUUACCAACAAAGCAGAGGCUAUGGGCGAGCUCAAAUACGAUCCCGAAACCUGCGCGACGAUGGUAUGGCCGGUAAGUUUGGCACUUGCGCAUGCGUUGAACAGGCGUCAGCACACGUUGCUAUCGAAAGUCGCAAAGCAUUUUGCAUUCGAGGCCGCGGUCGGCGCCAACGGGCUAGUAUGGACCAAGACUUCUUUUCCGCAGCAUACCAUCGCCCUUGGCCUUAUUCUGCGCGCUGCCGACAAGGCGCGACACCACAUUAGCUCGAUGGAUGUGGAUAGAGAAACGAGUCCCGAUCAAGAAGCCCGGACGCUGCACACGCGGCUUGGCCUGCUGGGCGAUCUGAGCGCGGAUGAAAUUGCGCGGCUUAUCCCGCACGAAUAG